ACAGAAGGGGGAGGAGGCUACCUAUCUUGCUCCUCGCCAGGCAGACAGAGCCAAGGCAGAAUUUUUAGCGUGCAGCAGCUUGCAGUCAUUCAUUCAGCGUCUGUGCUCGAUUGCACACUGUGUUCCUGUGGCUGGAUAGAGCACCGAUUGGGCCACGAUGUAUUUCUGCAGGACGGCCUGGCAAAAACUGAGGCCUUUGGCUCGGAAGUCAGCCACACAUUUAUAUAGAAAUGUGGGACCGGUCCGGACCAUGUCCUCAGGCGUUCCCGGUGGCUCAGGAGACAACAUCAUCUACUUCCUUCUCUGCGGAGGAUCUUUUGCUGCAUCAGUCUUCUAUGUUUACAAGACUGUGAAUUCUGACCAAGCAAGGUUUCAUGACAGACUGACCGAGAUCAGUGCCAGGCCCAAGGUAGAAUGGGAACCCAAACCAUGGCCGCCUAAAGGUUCAGAGGAAGAGGAAGAAGAAGAGGAGGCAGCAGAAGAGGCAGAGGAGGUCGAGGAGGCGGCAGAGGAGGCCGAAGAGGCGGCCGAGGAGGCGGGAGAGGAGGGCGGAGAGGCGGCAGAGGAGGCCGCAGAGGUGGCAGAGGAGCCCGCAGAAACCGAAGAGGCGGUGGAAGCUGAAGUAGUCGAGGCAAGUGUGGAGGAGGCUGUCGAGGAACCUGCGGCUGUCGAAGAGCCUGCGGCUGUCGAAGAACCUGCGGCUGUCGAAGAACCUGCGGCUGUCGAAGAACCUGCGGCUGUCGAAGAACCUGCGGCUGUCGAAGAACCUGCGGCUGUCGAAGAACCUGCGGCUGUCGAAGAACCUGCGGCUGUCGAAGAGCCUGCGGCUGUCGAAGAACCUGCGGCGGUCGAAGAGCCUGCGGUGAUCGAAGAGCUCGCUGUAGCUGAAGUGGCCGCGGAAGUUCCGGUCGCCGCGGAGCCCUCCGAGCCCACGGCAACAGAGACAGUGGUAGAGGCGGUGGCCGAGGCGGUUGCCGAGACCGCCGAAGCCGUCGCCGAGGUGGCCGAGGCGCUCGCCGGGGCGGCCGAGGAAGUGACUGAGGUGGCCGAAGCGGUAGCCGAGGCGGCGGAGGCGGUGGAGGCGGCGGCCGAGGCGGUGGCGGAGGGAGGCGCGGCGGAGACGCUGGAGGCUGCGCUGGCCGAAGCCAUGGAGGAGCCGGCCGCCGAGAGCAACGGUACGGCCCCAGCCCUCGAAGAAGCCUCCUCGCCUGCCGAGGCAGAGGCGGCGUCCGAGGAGGUCUCAGAAGCUGCUCCCGCACAGGCCUCUGAGGCCUAAGGGUACCAUAUAACAGGGGCACACAGUCUUUUUCAACACAGCACUGCCCAACACUUUUCCCCACUCAAAACAUUUUACAAUAAGUUGCAGACUGGUCCUAUACACGUGUCAUUACAGAUUCUAUUCUCAGGACAUUUGUUGAAUUGAAUACCCUUACUGCCACUCCCUUAGACUUAUCAAGGUAGUUGAUAUAAGGUAGUUUGUGAAAAUGGAAAGUAUAUAAUAUGCUGAAGGCAGUUAAGGGAUUCUUUAUUUUUAUUUUUUAUUAUUCUUUACUUUCCCCAUGAAACCUUUUCUUUAAAUUAAUUGGUGUGCUAACAUGGCACAUUUGUCUAGUCUUGAAUGCCAGCAAUGUUGAACUCUUUUUCAACAGCUGGACUGUAGAUUCAAAUUCCGAGCUGUUAGCGUCUCAUUUGGGGUUAUAUUCUAGAGGAUGGUCAGACAUUUGAACAUUCUUGGCACAUUAAAGGUGUUCUGAUGUGAUAUUAUUUAUGAAUAUUGAGUCGUUGAACAUUGAACGUUGUUCGUUGCUUUCGUUCAGGCAAUAAUAUAGCAAAUGUGUUACCUAGUGAGCAUUGCAUUUGGAGCACUGUAACAAAAGGAAUGGGUUGUUGGCUGUUCACACUGCACCUUAUUGUGAAAUGUGACCUGUCCUCCUCCACCACCUCUUUCCAUCUUCUCACUAAUUAACUGCUGCUCAAUCCUCACCUUGUUUACAGACCUCAAGCGUUCUUACCUAUGUGACAGUCGUGACUGGUAGAGUGGCUUUUCUCUUUGUACAUGACAUGAAAAGUAUUCUGGUAAUUGACCUUCACUGUGACACACAUGCUAGUAGCAGACAAUUGUUCAUCAUUUGGAAAAGCCACCUACCCAACUUGUUACCAGCACUUCCUCUGUAGAAACCAAAUGCUGUAUUCCAUACAAAAACGUAAGCUGCCUCUGGUUUGCAAUGUAUAUGCCUAUUUGCAUACUUACAUACAAAAAUGCUAUUAAAACUGUGUAGGCCUUAAAAUAUUGCUUCCCUGCCAGAUAUCACAUAGAACUUGCUUUUGGUGUCCUGUUGAGCUACUAGAUUCCUGUGCAGAUGUAACAUGCUUUUUUAACUCAAUGGCCAGGUCUUCCCAAGAAUUGGCUGCAAAUGAUUUAUUUAGAGUGAGUUAUUUAAAACUGUUACUUGGUGUGUAUCUAUCCCCGUAUGUGAACUCAUUGUGUAUUUGUAAGGGGAACACUGGAAAGUAAUUUAAAAACCCCACACGUAUUAUUAUAGCAGUUAACACUGCCACCAGACAUGCUCAAAUCACGUAAAAACAUUUUUGGAAGCGAACAAGGAAAAUUGAGCCAUUCAACAAUAAACAUUUUAUUUAAAUUAAAAUA